AUGGCUGAGGCCGGGCGACCUGAGGACCAGUGUGACGAGGCGGUAGAGGAUGAGUUUGGGGAGAUAAUAAAAUGUCGAUCAGAGCUAGAAAUGCACCUAAAAAUACACACAGGAGAGAGUCUGUAUUCCUGUUCCGACUGUGGAAAAAGCUUCAAAACAUCAAGGUCUCUUACAGUUCAUCAGAGAACACACACAGGAAAGACGCCUUACUCCUGCUCGGAAUGUGGAAAAAGUUUCUCUCAACAGAGCAAUUUAAAAACACACCAACGUAUACAUAAAGGAGAGAAGCCUUACUCCUGCUCUGACUGUGGGGUCAGUUUCUCCGGAUUGGAUACCUUAAAAACACACCAACGUAUACAUACAGGAGAAAAGCCAUAUUCCUGCUCUGACUGUGGGAAGACAUUUUCUCAACUGGUCCAUUUAAAUGCACACCGACGUAUACACACAGGAGAGAAGCCUUACUUCUGCUCUGACUGUGGAAAGAGUUUCUCUCAACAGAGCAGCUUAAAAUCACACCAGCGUACACAUACAGGAGAGAAGCCGUACUCCUGCUCUGACUGUGGGAAGUGCUUCACAACAUCAUCUGCAAUAAACGUUCAUCAGAGAACACACACAGGAGAGAAGCCUUACUUCUGCUCUGACUGUGGAAUGAGUUUUUCCCGGUUGAAUACCUUAAACUGUCACCAGUUAAUACAUACAGGACAGAAGCCUUACUUCUGCUCUGACUGUGGGAAGAAUUUCUCUCUACAGAGCAGCUUAAAAUCACACCAACCUAUACACACAGGAGAAAAGCCUUACUCCUGCUCUGACUGUGGAAAGUGUUUCUCUCGACAGGGCAGCUUAAAAUCACACCAACGGAUACACACAAUAGAGAAGCCUUUUUCAGAAUAAAACCGUACA